GAGCGGCUUCCGAGGAACUCUCGCUUCCGCGGCCGCAGGCGCGGGUGGCGGCAGCACCGGCUCUAAGUAUGCGCCUCCGCCUGCUUUGCCUGCUCGCUCUGUGCGGAGCGGGCCCCACAGCCUUGGGGCGCAGCCUCAGCUUGCGGGGAAGCUGGAGGAUCCGCAGCGGGAACGGCUCCCUGGAGCUGCCGGGGAGGGUCCCCGGUUGCGUGCACAGCGCUCUGUUCCAGCGGGGCCUCAUCCAGGAUCCGUACUACAGAUUUAAUGACCUUGACUACAGAUGGAUCUCCUUGGAUAACUGGACUUACAGCAAGAAAUUUAAAAUCCCCUUUAACAUUAGUCCUCCUUCCACUGGUCAUAAUGGAGUCACCUAUACCUACAAAUGGCAAAAAGUGAAUUUGAUUUUUGAGGGCGUCGACACAGUUGCAAAAGUCCUGCUAAAUAGUGUUCCUAUUGGGAAAACAGGCAACAUGUUCAAAAGAUAUAGCUUUGAUGUUACCAGUGUGGUUAGAGUUGUGAACUCCCUUGAGCUGCGUUUCCAGUCACCAGUGUUGUAUGCGGCCCAGCAGAGCAAAGCUCACGCUAACUACUCUGUGCCUCCAGACUGCCCUCCGCCUGUGCAGAAGGGCCAAUGCCACGUAAACUUCAUUCGAAAGGAGCAGAGUUCCUUUGGUUGGGACUGGGGGCCAUCCUUUCCUACCCAGGGCAUCUGGAAAGAUGUCAGAAUUGAAGCCUAUAACAUUUGUCAUCUGAACUACUUUGUGUUUUCCCCUAUAUAUGAUAACCAUACCCAGGGGUGGAAUCUUGAAAUAGAGUCUUCUUUUGAUGUUGUCAGCUCAAAGCCAAUUUCUGGUCAAGUGAUGGUGGCCAUCCCUGAACUGCAAACACAGCAGACAUACAGCAUUGAACUUCAACCUGGGGAAAGGAUUGUUGAGCUGUUUGUGAAAAUUAAUAAGAAUGUUACCAUAGAAACUUGGUGGCCUCAUGGACAUGGAAACCAGAUGGGGUACAACAUGACAAUUCUUUUUAAACUGGACGGAGGCUUAAGUAUUGAAAAAUCAGCUAAGGUUUAUUUUAGGACAGUGGAACUUAUAGAAGAGCCCAUUGAAGGAUCUCAAGGUCUGAGUUUCUAUUUCAAAAUUAAUGGAUUGCCCAUAUUUCUGAAAGGCUCGAACUGGAUCCCAGCAGAUUCAUUCCAGGAUCGAGUAACCUCUGACUUGUUACGGCUCCUUCUGCAGUCUGCUGUGGAUGCUAACAUGAAUACUCUCCGGGUCUGGGGAGGAGGAAUUUAUGAGCAGGAUGAAUUCUAUAGACUCUGUGAUGAACUAGGAAUAAUGGUAUGGCAGGAUUUUAUGUUCGCCUGUGCCCUUUAUCCAACCAAUCGGGACUUCCUAAAUUCGGUGAGAGCAGAAGUUGCUUACCAGAUCAGGAGACUGAAAUAUCAUCCCUCCAUCAUCAUUUGGGGUGGAAAUAAUGAAAAUGAAGCAGCGCUGAUGACGAAUUGGUAUAAUAUCCCUGCCAGAGAACUGCAUACCUACAUCAAGGACUAUGUGGUACUGUACGUGAAGAAUAUUCGAAAGAUUGUCUUGGCUGAAGACAAGACUCGUCCUUUUAUCAUAUCCAGCCCUACAAAUGGGGCCGAAUCUGUUAAAGAAGGCUGGCUCUCUGUCAACCCAUAUGACAAUAAUUUUGGUGAUGUACAUUUUUAUGACUAUACCAGUGAUUGCUGGGAUUGGAAAGUUUUCCCAAAAGCUCGAUUUGUAUCUGAAUAUGGAUAUCAGUCCUGGCCUUCCUUCAGUACAUUAAAAAAGGUUUCAUCUAAAGAGGACUGGUCUUACAACAGCAAAUUUUCACUUCACCGACAACAUCAUGCAGAUGGUAACAGUGAAAUGCUGCGUCAGGUUGAAUUUCACUUCACACUCCCGGAAAGCCCAGAUCCAUUACAGGCGUUCAAGGAUACCAUAUAUCUUACUCAGGUGACGCAGGCCCAGUGUGUCAAAAUAGAGACUGAAUUCUACCGCCGCAGUCGCAGCGAGAUAGUGGAUGGGCAAGGCUACACCAUGGGUGCCCUUUAUUGGCAGCUGAAUGACAUCUGGCAGGCUCCUUCCUGGGCUUCUCUAGAGUAUGGAGGAAAGUGGAAGAUGCUUCAUUACUUUGCUCGGCAUUUCUUCGCUCCACUGUUGCCUGUGGGAUUUGAGGAUCAAGACGUGUUUUUCAUCUAUGGUGUGUCAGACCUUCACUCUGACUGUAAGGCGAAGCUCACUGUGAAAGUCCACACGUGGAGUUCCCUGGAGCCGGUGUGCUCCUCUGAGACUGACCAUUUUGUCCUGAAAGCAGGGAAGGCCGUUCUCCUCUAUAAGGAGCCGGUGCCCGUAUUGUUGGAGAAUUGUGGGAAUUGUACCCGGCAAAGCUGUGUGGUUUCCUUUUACCUUUCAACUGACAGCCAACUUGGGAGCCCAACCAACUAUCACUUCCUGUCUUCACUGAGUGAGAGCGUGGGGCUGCGCAAGGCGUACAUCACUGCCAUCAUCUCUCAGCAAGGUGACACAUUCGCUUUUGAUCUGGAAACCUCUGCUAUUGCUCCUUUUGUUUGGUUAGAUGUAGGAAGCAUCCCUGGGAGAUUCAGUGACAACGGUUUCCUCAUGACUGAAGAGACACGGACUGUGUUAUUUUACCCUUGGAAACCCACCAGCAAGAGUGAACUGGAGCAGUCUCUUCGUGUGACUUCCCUGAUGGAUAUUUACUGAGGGGUUGCAGGUGGUAUUUUUAGCGGACCCUGGAAUAAAGCCUUUCUAAGGCACUGUCUGGAGCUGAAGACACCCAGAGACAAGUUGAGGAGGCUGGGAAGUGUGUCUACCUGCCUCCACCUGUCUGAUUCAUGACUCUGAAGAGUUUGUCCAGUGCGUUCUGUCAGGGAAGGUUGUUUACUCAGGUGAUAUCCUACAGCAAGGCCGUGGUUCAGCGUUCUUCAGCCUCUGCCAGGCCUGUGAUUUUAGCCGUCCCCCUACAGCUCUGGCACCAUGUGACCCAGUUAUAACCCAACCACUCUUCCUACCCAGAAAAGGAAGUCCCCUCAUAAAGUCCUGUCAGGGAAUCACAGGAACAUGACGACUGCAGUAUCUGUGGAGCCAAAUUGGAAGGCUGUGAGGUUUAUGUAAGCCUCUCAUAGUUAGCCCUGAAAAAUAGUGAGUAAUCAAAAUGAAGCUGCUUUGUUAUUACUCCCUGAGGAAAUGGAGGUUCAGCUGGCACAAUAGAGAUUUCUGGAUAGUAGCCAUAUUGGUUGUCAGAAAGUUUGGGGAGUUGAUUGUUGCCAUUUGAUUACUUUUUUGGAUAGGAUUCUCUUUUCAUUUGUGGGUUUUGUUAUAAAGUAUCAUUUUGACUGGGGCACCUGGGUGGCUUAGUCCGUUAAGCAUCUGACUCUUGAUUUCGGCUCAGGUCAUGAUCUUAGGGUUGUGGGACUGAGCCCUGAGUCAGGCUCUCCACUGGCUGUGAAGCCUGCUUAGGAUUCUCUCUCUCCCUCUUCCUCUGCCCUUCCCCACAUCUCUCUCUCUCUCUCAAAAAAAUUGUUUUGACAAUAACCGCUUUUUUCAAAGUCUAUUUAGAGUGGUCCUCCUUUGAAAAAUAAGCUCACAUUGAAAUGGACAUCUCUGUGGUCACUCUGAAGAUUCUUGAGUAUCCUAACAUAAGUUGUUACCCGUAAUUAUGUGUGAGUUGUAGAUGUGGCAAAAUCCAGUGAACUUCCCAAUUCAAAAGCUGUGAAUUAGAUUUAUAUUUGUUGACUCUGGCAGCAAAGUGUAUUUCUUUUAGCUUGGGUUGAAAUCAUUUUUACUGGAUGCCUGGGUGGCUCAGUCGAUUAGGUGUCUGCCUUCAGCUCAGGUCGUGAUCCCAGGGUCCUGGGAUCAAGUCCUGCAUUGGUCUUGCUCAGCGGGGAGCCUGCCUCUCCCUCUGCUUCCCCGUUUGUACUCUUUCUCUCUAACAAACAAAACGAUCCUUUUAAAAAAUAAGUCAUUUUUGUUAAUAUUGAUUAAUUGUAAGUUGCUAUAAAAUUAUUAUAUAUGAUCAUGUUUAUAAAUUGUAUUCAUAAUGAAGCAAUUGGGGCAAAAUGUUAAUGGGUGGAGGUAUAUAAGAAUUCUUUUCUACUGCUUUUGCAAGCUUUCUAUAAGUUUAAAACUAUCAAAAAAUAAAAGUUACAUAGAUUGCAUUGACAAUGUGAUGUUUCAUCUGUGGCUUAGUCAUUCCAGAAACAUUCAUUUGUGUCCAUUAGUGUGCUGGGCAUUGAUUUCCCUUUAGCUCUGGCCAACUUUUUAUUCUACUUGAUAAACUGGGAGAGUUUAAGAAACUUAGAUUAAGGUAUUUGAGUGGUUUUCCCUGGGAAGAAUCGUGUAAUUGGCUAUGGAAUGGAGUGGCAAUGAGAGCUUGGCUCUAAAUCAAGCCUAAUUAGAUAUAGAUUUGGUUUGAAACCUGAGAAAGUUUAGGUCAUGGUUCAUUGACUAAAAUGGCAAUAAAUGCAGGUGAUCCAGGCCUCCCUUCAAUAUCUAAGAGUUUCCUCACCUUAUGUGUUCAGCUAUUUCAAUAUAUUUAUAAAAGUCUUAUGAAAGCCUGGAGCUUGGGGAUGCAUCUUGGAAGAUUCUUAAUAAAUAUAUAAUUUUCUUGUCAAUGUUGAAAAUCCUGUCUCCAUUAAACUAGAGAAUUUUCUAGGCCAGUCACCCUGUGAGGUGGGCUUUGAAAUUGAGGGACCAGAAUUUAUAUCUAUAUAUUUAAUAUAUAGUUCUGCCCUUACCAGCUCUUCAUCAAGUUAUUUCACUUCUGUGUUCAGUUUUGUGAUGGUGAAAUGGGAAUAAAUACACUGCCCUUGCAAGUUUGUCUUGAAGAAUGAAUUUAAAAUUUAACGUGAGGGCUAGGCCCUGUGCUGGCCCAUAAUAAGGGCCCUGCAAAUGGAAGCACCAUCCUGGGCUGGGGACCUUCCUGUCCUAGGCAGGGCUGGGCUUCUAGCCACACUGACACGGUUUGGAGUCCAGGUUCUGAGGCGUGUAGGUUAUUGUGAGCUCUGCUGACUGCUUGACCUGGACUUUAGUUGUCUCAUUGGUAAAAUGGAGAUAAUAAUCUCUAACCCUCAAGGUAGUUGUGAGGAACAAAAUAAAUGCUAAGUAAAUGGUGGUUGGAUUUUUUAACAUCAUAAUCAUUAUUAUCCAAUUAAUACAUGAUGCGAGAGUAAAAAAUAAAAUAAAUUUAAAGGCAAAUGUGUUCCAGACUUUUUUUUUUUUUUAAAGUGGUCUCCAUGCCUAUUGGAGCCCAGUGCAGGGCUUGAACUCAUGACCCUGAGAUCAAGACCUGAGCUCUUACCAAGAGUCAGUCACUUAACUGACUGAGCCACCCAGGCGCCCCUCUAGACGUACUUUUAAGAGGGGAAAAAGAUACCAGAAAAUAAUGAAUCUGUAAAGGAAGACUCAAUGAAUGAAUAGACAUGAAUGUAUGCAGACAACAACUGGUACAAGAAGAGAAAUGUGUGUAUGCAUAUUAUUUCUGUAAGAGAAUGGUGACCCUGGAAAUGGUCUCCACAGCUCAUGUGUGGCACUGUGUUCAGUCAUCUCUACCAUUUUAGUAGAUUUUAUUUUGCCACAUGUACUUACUCUCAGCUUUGGAUUUCUGAGAAGACUUUUCUGCUAUGCAAACGAAUAGAAUGGAAAGAGCGGGAUGGGGUCCUUCUGCCAUGCUGGAUGCAAAGCACAUUCCAGAGAGUGUGAGAUGAAGAGAAGUCCGUUCACUGGAUUCCAUCUUUUCAUUUGAGAACCAAGAGGACAAUAAAAAUGGUAAUUUCCUCAUUCA